AUGAAGAUUGAAGAAGACCUACUUCAUUUUCGUUCAACAUACAAAAUAUUGUCAGCACGUGAUGGAGAUGAGGGUCGUCAAUUAGCAUUAGUCAAGAAGAAAUUUUCAUUGCAUGAUAAAUACUCAAUCGAUUCAGUUUAUGGAGAAUAUAAAUUAGAAUCAUUGGAUUUGUUAGGUCAUUCAUUCACAUUAACAAAAGAAAGACGCACAGUGGCUAUUGUAAGUAGAAAAUGGAUUACUUUGGCUGGUAUUUAUGGAGCAGAAAUUGAUGCUAAUGAAGAUCAAGCAUUUGUCAUAGCGUUGAUAAUUAUCAUUAAUCAAGCAUUGUAUUCUUUCUAA